AUGGGGGCCGAAGAGGCCAAGGUCACCCUGGUACUGGAACCCAGUAUCAGCUGGUGACCAUGGCCGCCCUCUGACCCCGUCCCCGGCCGCAGCCUGCUCCUCGCCGCCCCCUCCCCAGCCCCCGGCCCCGGGCCCCCCACUUCUGCCUGCGCUGUGACACCCCCAGCCGCCGGCACGGCCCCGCCCCCGCUGCCCCGGUGGUGGCCCACGGCCCCCCGGCUGCCCGUGGUCAAACUGGAGUCGCUGAAGCGCUGGAACGAAGAGAGGGGCCUCUGGUGCGAGAAGGGGGUGCAGGUGCUGCUGACGACGGUGGGCGCCUUCGCCGCCUUCGGCCUCAUGACCAUCGCCAUCAGCACGGACUACUGGCUCUACACGCGCGCCUUCAUCUGCAACACCACCAACCUCACGGCCGGCGACGACGCGCCCCCCCACCGCGGCGGCAGCGGCUCCUCCUCGGAGAAGAAGGACCCCGGCGGCCUCACCCACUCGGGACUCUGGAGGAUCUGCUGCCUGGAAGGGUUGAAAAGAGGCGUCUGCGUGAAGAUCAAUCAUUUCCCGGAGGACACGGACUACGACCAUGACAGCGCGGAGUAUCUGCUCCGAGUCGUCCGGGCCUCCAGCAUUUUCCCCAUCCUCAGUGCCAUCCUGCUGCUGCUCGGGGGGGUGUGCGUGGCGGCCUCCCGGGUCUACAAGUCCAAGAGGAACAUCAUUCUGGGAGCAGGCAUCCUGUUCGUGGCAGCAGGCCUGAGCAACAUCAUCGGCGUGAUCGUGUACAUCUCGGCCAACGCGGGCGAGCCGGGCCCGAAGCGGGACGAGGAGAAGAAGAACCACUACUCGUACGGCUGGUCCUUCUACUUCGGCGGGCUGUCGUUCAUCCUGGCCGAGGUGAUCGGCGUGCUGGCCGUCAACAUCUACAUCGAGCGCAGCCGCGAGGCGCACUGCCAGUCUCGCUCGGACCUGCUCAAGGCCGGCGGGGGCGCGGGCGGCAGUGGCGGGAGCGGCCCCUCGGCCAUCCUCCGUCUGCCCAGUUACCGCUUCCGCUACCGCCGCCGCUCCCGCUCUAGCUCCCGCUCCAGCGAGCCGUCGCCGUCGCGGGACGCGUCUCCCGGCGGCGCCGGGGGCCCGGGCUUCGCCUCCACGGACAUCUCCAUGUACACGCUCAGCCGCGACCCGUCCAAGGGCAGCGUGGCCGCGGGGCUGGCGAGCGCCGGUGCCGGCGGCGGGGCGUACGGCGGCGCGGCGGGGGGCGCGGGGGGCGGCGGCGGGGCGGGCGCCGAGCGGGACCGCGGGGGGGCGUCCGGCUUCCUCACGCUGCACAACGCCUUCCCCAAGGAGGCGGGCGGCGGCGUCACGGUCACGGUCACCGGGCCGCCCGCCGCGCCCGCGCCCGCCCCGCCCGCGCCCGCCGCGCCAGCCCCCGGGACCCUGGCCAAGGAGGCCGCCGCCUCCAACACCAACACGCUCAACAGGAAAACCACGCCCGUGUAG